GAACAGAAUGUUAUGGCGGAGAAAACAAAUGUCUCGAAUGAGAAAACUUCAAAUGAUGAAACAGGUGUCUUGCAGAAGGAAACUUCAGUAGUUACCAAAAAAGAAACUCUGGAAGGGAUUCAUGAAAAGUUUAGAGGCUAUAAAGAACUACCAGUUGUGCACUUAGUUCAACCGGACUUCAUCAAUCUACUAAGAGAGCCUGACCAAAAACAUGUUAAAGAACUGGAGGAGGAAUUCAUUCUAAGACCACAGAAUUACUUUCAGUUAAUGGUCGUCAACAUCCGUGGCGAGUUUGAGGCAAACUAUGACAAAUGCCAUGUAUAGGUCAUUGGAGGCAACCACUCUCGACUAGCACUCCAGAACAUAUUAAGAAGGGAGGACGUCACAAACAAAUCCCCAUUUGAAUUGAAAAUGUGCCUUAUAUACCAAGAUCUAAGUCCAGAUGAGGCAAAGUACAUCGCUAAUCAACAUAAUGAAGUUAGGAAGAUGGGCAGUGAUUUAGAUUUGGUAAGCAGGGCAACCUUUUUUAGGUUUGCAUUGUUUGAAAAAGCAGGAAUGAAAUCUGCCCAAGAAACGAUGGCCACUGAAACACCAACAUAGAAAGCUGUGAUAAGACGAUGGAAAAAGGGGCUUGAACUG